AGGAAGAUCCUGUGCGCCCGCCGUUCUGAGCUUUCGCUGCAGCCUCGUCUCUUUUCUUCCUCAUUAACAACAACAUACAACUGCUAAUCUCCACCACAACUCUAGAUUUGUGUCGCAGAUUUUAGAACGAUUGCGAAAGCCCUAAGUACCCCAUUGCUGGAGUUUGGAGAUCUGCGGAGUUGAUUCGACGCCUCUAACGCACUUGGCGCAACGUCCAAUCCAAUGUCCUCCUCCCAGGACCUGAGAGUGAAGCCGUGAAUCUCUCUGUUCGUUGGCUUCCAUUGCUAUUCAUAUACUGUCGACCGGCGAAACCUCAGAAGCCAACACAAAAUUUCCAAAUCAUUCCACAGUAUCGAUCUGCUGACUACCGAGUCACCCACAACACAACUCUGUCGUUGGGCAUCCAACCGCCGGCGAAAGUGUUACCGGCAAGCUGGCCAUCGACAGCAACCCUGACAAAAAAUCAGUCAUGGCGUCCAAUCUCCAAUACAACUAUGAUUCUCUCCCAGGUCGUGUAGUCCGCUUACUGCGAUUAUGGCCAGGGCCACCAGACUCUCCCCUCGUUUGUUCCCUGAAUAAUGUAUCUCUGGACGACCCAAACCUGGACUACAAAGCCAUGUCCUAUGUCUGGGGCGAUAAAAUCCCCCAGUCUACACUCUGGAUUGAUAAGAUAGAUCACAAGCAGCUUUUGAUUCGCCCCAAUCUAGCUGCGGCACUUAGACAGCUUCGGGAAAACCAACUGUCAUGCUGCGAUCUUAGCUGCGCCUGUCGAGGAAAUUCCACAAGUAUCCGCCAGAAACUUCAUGAGCACUUUACCUUUCCGACAUAUCUUUGGAUAGAUGCUGUCUGUAUUGAUCAGAACAAUAUUGAGGAACGGGGCCAACAAGUGUCGCUAAUGUUUGAAAUCUACACCAAAGCUUCAGUCGUUGUUGCCUGGCUCGGGGAAGAAGACAAGUACACCGUUCCAGCCCUUCGGUUGCUCUAUGGGCUUUCUGGUCUCUGGGACUGGUGGUCGGAUGAUGCAAAGGCUGCAAUCCGCCACUUGGCUCACAACGAGGAAUUCAAAAGCUUCUGGCUUGCACUGGGCCAUUUCUUUGCACGGACCUGGUGGACGCGAAUGUGGAUUGUACAAGAGAUUGUCCUGGCAAAGGACGCGAUUCUUGUUUGUGGUCGCUGGUGCGUGAGCUGGGAUCGACUUUGCAAGGCGACGACAGUAUUGAUGGAUAGCUCUACCGAUGAGCUUUUCGAAGCAACUCUCGUCACAGGAGAUUUUCGCCAUUUCCAUGCAGCCCUACGAGGUAUUGGCCUACUCAAAUGCUUAAAGGAAACUAGCAUGGAAAUUGGUCAUAAUUCGACCGGAACCAGUUCGGGAGAGAAGUGCCGUUUAUCUGCACUGCUACAUAUUGGGAGAAGUUAUGAAGCCACCGAUCCACAAGAUAAAGUUUAUGGGAUCCUAGGACUUCUUCGUGGAUUUGGAGUCUCCCCACAGCUGGAAGUCAGGUACGAUAGGACGGUGAGUGACCUUUAUAUGCGCACUGCGGAAUUGAUAUACAAAGAAGAAAAUCUCAACUUUCUUGGAUUGGUAGAGGUUAAUCGAUCCAGCGAUCAGAAAAGACAGUUCAGCUUGCCUUCCUGGGCUCCAGAUUUUACUGUUCCUACAAAUUACUUACCAAUAUUCAGCGGCAUGAGAUAUCCACCGAUAUGGUCAGAUAAGGCUGAGGUUUCACGAGAGAUGUCAGGAACAUUUACCUUUACUGGGGACUCCAAAGGUUAUUGCAAGUUUGGCCUGAAGGCGAAAACCAUCACCGUCACGGGCUUUCGGGUGGACACGAUCCAAGGAAUCGAAACACGAUUUGUGGAUAUCAUACCAGACUUCAGGCGGGGCCAUGCCGUAAGGUAUGGUAAGCGUAUAUGUUGGCUCCCGCCUGACGAAACAAAAGAGUCCGAGCUUGAGGAAGUCUGGAAUUCUGUUUUGGGUCAUAAACCCACCCAGGCCCGAGCUUGGGUUCCCGCCGAAAAGGUUGGCGUCGAAGGCAGCUUUCCUCCCCCCCAUAUGAAUCCACAGUGCUUCCAAACAGCUAAGAUGGGAUUAUACGGCGUCACAGAUGCGGCUAUCUAUGUAGAUGACCAUAUCUGUGGGCUACUGGGACUUGGUGUACCAUGUAUCUUGCGGCGGCGAGCGAACUCGUGGCGUUUCGUGGGCUUGAGGUGAGUUCUCAACAUUGAACCAUUCUUGUCCUGACAAGCUCGGCUAACACUAAGGUUGAAAGCGGUAUCAUUGGUUCUGAAAUUAUGCAAGGCGGUCUUAUGGAAGGGCUAAAGACAGGGUUAUUCUCCCUGGAAAAGUUUGUAAUUGGAUGAAAUGCGCAGGAGCAGAUAUUGAAAGAAUGCGAGGCCGAGAAUGAGACAUUUGCGCCAGGGCAGGAACUAUGGUGACGAUAGCGUUUGAGUUGGCUUUUGAUUUCAUUACAACGAGUUGAAAUACAACGGACAUGAAGA